AUGUCGCUGGAAAAACGGCAACGAGUUAUGCUCGUGCUAUGCCUGAUAUUCGGGCUAUGGCAUUUGGGUACACAAUGGACCACGACGUUAUUGUCGUUCCUUCAAUGGGACACAACAGAAGUGAUGACCAUUGUGGAUUUGGGCUAUAUUCAAGCAUUUGGAAGUGUAUGGAAUGCACUCGGUGCUUUAGCUUUCGGACAGAUGGCCGACACAGCCGGACCAAAAGCAAUGUUUAUGUUAUCGGUUAUUUUCACAUCCAUUUAUUAUUCUGGAAUUGCUCUUUCAAAAUCUUGGUAUGGGUUCUUUUUCCUGCAGAUUUUACGCUUUGGUUAUCAACUGGACAGCACUGCAGAAAUGUACUUGGCCACCGUAACUACGGAAAGGGAACGAACAGCUGCUCUCAUGAGGCUUACCGUUCCGCAGGCAGCGGCCAUGUUUGUCGGGCCAAUCAUCGGCUCAAAAAUCGCUGCAUACACGUCUCUGCGAACUUCACAAUUCAUCUGUGGUGGUGCCUUGCUAUUUACAUUGAUGCCUGUACUUGUCUUCCUAUUGCCAACUACUCACUCUAUUCCACGAUUGGCAACUGCACGUCUUCGCCCACAAGAUUAUUGGCCUAUGAUCACGAAGAAUACUGCUCUAAGAGAGGGAAUUAUCCUUCGCGCUAUUGUCAUCUCCUCCUACGUCUGCUACGAGAUGAUCUCAAGAAACUUCCUUCUGCGUUCCUUCAUGAAGGACACAAAUGACUCAGCCAUUGUGCUACUGGUCAUGGCUAUCUCAUUGCUUGGUAUUCAAUUCCUUGUGCUGCCGGUCAUUCAACGCAGAGCAAGCCCACGAACUCUGCUGCAAAUCGCUAUGGUCACGUUGAUCAUCUGCUAUUUUUCGGUCACGUUCACGACUUCUUUCGAGCAGGUGCUCCUCAUUACUGCCAUCCAAACUGGAGCAUACGCUGUAGCCUAUGCCGAGUCAUGCACUCAGAUAACAAGGUUGGUGAUUAUAUCACAUAAAUAUCCUCAUAUUUUAGAGACUGUUCCUGGCAGACCUGUACCCUGA